GAAAAAAUAAAAAAUAUAUAGUGAGACGUAGACUCUCGUAGCUUAAUGAAUUGGGUAAGUCAACGGAAGAGAAGACUAAGUAAUUAGUCUUAAUCCCGUUUGGUAUCAGUUUGGUUAAAAGCACAGAAACAACCCAAAUCUUAUUCAGAAUUGAAAAAAAAAAAGGUAAAAAAAUUAAGACACAGAAAUCCGAGCAAUCGGAGAAAGAAGAACUCUUCAAUCUCUCGAUUCCUUCUCAUGAUGUCGGACGGAGGAGCACCGUCGAGGUACGUGAAGUUGACGAAGGAGCAAGCUCCCGUCGAUGAGGUUAAUCCCGGCGAACUCAAUCAGCCGAUUCAAGUUCCUCAUUUAGAUGUUCACAAAUGCAACGAGUGUGGCCAAGAUUUGCCGGAGAAUUUCGAAGCUCCUGCAGAUGAGCCAUGGACUACCGGAAUAUUCGGUUGCACUGAAGACAUGAGCAGCUUUUGGCAGGGACUCUUUUGCCCUAGUGUUCUGUUCGGACGUGUCUACGAGACUCUGAGCGAAGAAGAAACCUCUUGGACCAAAGCUUGUAUUUGCCAUUCGAUCGUAGUUGAAGGAGGCCUCACAGCUGCAUCGAUAGUUGCUUGCGUUCCCGGGAUCGAUCCACACACGUCGUUUCUUAUAUGGGAAGGCUUGUUGUUUGUUUGGUGGAUGUGUGGGAUUUACACAGGGAACGUUAGGCAAACUCUACAGAGGAAGUAUCAUCUCCAGAACUCUCCUUGUGAUCCAUGUAUGGUGCAUUGUUGUCUCCAUUUCUGUGCGGUUUGUCAAGAACACCGUGAGAUGAAGAACCGUCUUUCGGAUAACUUUGUGAUGCCUAUGACUGUGGUUAACCCGCCGCCGGUUCAAGAGAUGAGUGCUUCUAAUGACAGAGACCACCAACACGGCUCUGUCCCGGUGUCGCACCAUAGCUCUGAUCUUGAGAUGCGGCCAUUGUAGUCACUCUCAAUGUUCUACAACCAGAUUCAAACUUCAAAGGACUUGUUUUGUUCUGUUUUUUUGUAUGGGACCUGAUGGAUGGAUGGCUUAAGGAGGAUGAUAUGUAAACCCGACCUGGUUUGUUUAAAAUUAAAAUUAAAUUAAAUUAAAUGAAUGGUUUUACUUUAGAUAAAAAUGAAUUAGAACAGAGCAGA